AUGGCCGCUCUUUCCGUGACGAACGACCUGCAAACACCUAUCGAAGUGAAACUUCAGAGUCAGAGCGACGAAUGGAAGGUCGUCUAUCCCAAAACGUCCUGCAAUGUCGGAGCGUUGGAUGGAGUGGUGACCUCAGUCGAAGUCCGAUGGCGAGAAAGGCCGGAGGUGACGGGCAGUUGCCAGGCUGCCAGCGGCUCCUCGUUACAGGCCUCUUUGAACUUUGGCCCCUUUAGCCAAGAGUCCAAAGGUCGGGAUCGAGCUGAAGCCAGGGAGCUGGCCCGCGAACGAAAGCGCCGGGAAGACGCCCAGACGCGCAUGGACACGAUGAUCCAGCUUGUUGCCACGAAGAAGCGGGAUGCAGCUGGAUUUAAUCUUGCGUCCGGCGCUUACUGUGUAAUAGGUGCAUUCUGCAUCAUGCCUCCGCUGGCCCUCCUGGCUCUGUGCGCAGCCAUCCCACCCGAAAAUGCCGACGAAGCCGCGCUGUUGGCCAGCGCCACGGUGCCGUUGUGCUGCUGCCUCAGUUUUUGCAGUGUUCUUGGCGGUUUAAAAAGAGCACGAGAUGACUUUCGUCUUGGAAGAUAUGCGGACCACUGCCGCAUUGGUUUCCACCUGUUGGGGCUCCUCUCGCUGGCCUUGCUGACAGCUAUGACUGCCCAACAUGCGCUGCAAGGCUUCGGGUGGACCGCGGCCAUCCUUUGGCCCGUGCCCAUUUUUUUGGGCGGCGGAUGCUCUUGUCUUUUGUACUUCAACAACCCAGCAAGACAAGAGCUGGACGAUGAAAGCGUGUUAACCCGGGACCGAGAGCUUCGAGAAGCCCGAGUGGAGGUGAGCAACCGAACCAUCCGCUUCGAAGGGAGCGUCAUCCGCGAACGCGGGCGGCCCUGCGUGGCCAGCUGGCCUGGGAAGUACGCAGGCGCCUGGGAGUCCCUGGUGUCCCAGGGACAGAAGGGCGAGGUAAGUGCAGCCGUCGUCUUCCUGCCGCACGGCACAGACGACUACGGAAAGUGCGAUCGCAUCCUCGAGACUGAAGGCUUGCCAGGCACCUGCUGGUGCACGCCACUCUAUGGGGAACAGAAGCCGUGGGGUUGCCACUGGUUUACCAAAUGGAGGGAGAACAUUGAAGCGGCUGUGGAAUCGGGAGCAGAGUUGGAGGUCUACUAUUUCCAGAACCACGUGGGCAAAGGCAAGGUGGAUAGCUUUGACACCGCAGGCGACGACAACCUGGAGAGGGAGAGGUUGAACCGCAAGCAGGAAGAGUUUGAGAAGUCCCCCCAGUUCAGGCAGGCGAUGGACGCAGGCCUCGGCAACCUCUCCGAGCAGCCGCGCGGCGACGGAUCCUCCCAGUACAGCCGUGAAGCCCGGCGUUUGUUCCUCGCUUCCCUCCCAGAGGCAGAGCGUCAGUUUCUAGCAGCCUCAGAGGGGCUCGGGAAUUCCCAGAAAGCGGAAGUCGCCUGGCUGGAAAAGAAGGGCUACGCAUACUGGGAGGUAGACGUCUCCACGUGGCUCCCGGGAGAGGGAGUUGAGCGAUAUGUCCCGGCAUCUGCCAAAGGGCAACUUCAAGGGCGCGGUCAUUUCACGAAUCCCAAUCUCGAUCGUGAAAUUGUGGAGGAUUUGCACCCUCACACUCUUGGUGUUGGUUGA